AUGGCUAAUAGGUGGAACGGAUUUGGGACUCGAGCCCGACAAGAAUUACCUCGAGCACAAUUUUUCCGACCAAACGAAUCUAUCGCCGUCGUCAAGGCCGACGAGGAGGUCGAGGUUACAGAGGACGUCUUCAUCCAUAGUGACGAUAAAGAAGCCGAGGCGUGUGAGAGAAAGGCCAUUGCCGGUGAUGGUGUUCUUGCCGCCUUUGCUGGAGGUGAUGACCACGACGCGUGGGGUCUCGCCGAAGUGCUGCGGCUUGCAGAUGUGCUGCUAGGGUUUUGGGUUGUGCUAGAGGAGGGCUCGAAUUGA